AUGAAGUCAACCGGCUUGUUCAGGGCCUUCUUCGGCGCUGCCCUCAUUGCGGAAACAGUUGCCUUCUUCCGCGUUACCUGUGCACCAUGGAAGCGCGAGCGAAUCGAUUCUCUUAUCAGUCCGGGGGCUGAGAGUUCCCACAUGCAUACCUUCUGGGGAUCCCGCAAGAUCUCUGCAGACACGGUCAACGGAGCCGACUUCCAGGAUGGAUGCACUUCGUGCGAUAAUCAGCUUGACAAGUCUGCCUAUUGGAUGCCUACUUUGUAUUAUGUCAAGAAAAAUGUCACUGUCCCCGUCAAGGUUGGCAUUUUCCACGUGUAUUAUCAAGGGCAGGAGAACAACCCAGGUCUAUACCCCGAGGACUUUGCCCUCAUCGGUGGCAACCCCAAGAUUACCGAAGACGAAAUCCGAGAGCAGGGUGGCAAUGGUAUUCACUGGCACUUUGACGAGAGCGACGAAGUCAAGGAGAAGUGGCAGUUUCCCAAGAAGCGUGGCACAGGGUGGCUACGAGGCAACGUCCCCUUUCCGGGCUGGGUUGUCAAAGACAAGGCGUUGGGUCGAUAUCGUGCUUGCAAUGACACUGUCGAUACGGGGUGUAUCAGCGUCCCGGGCAUGUUUUUCGCUGUCUGGUAUGAUGUUGGCGAUGCAGAGUUCUUCACUUUUGAAGACGGCGACUACUUGACCUUGUCAAGCGGAGGAGGACAUACCUACCACGGCGAUUUCAUCAUGGGCUGGGACAAGUCGGCAUUGUGGGAAGUCUCUCACAAAACAAUCGAGUUCGCCAAGAUCGGUGGGGAGGCCGCGUACGUUCGCAGCGACACCUGCAACGCAACGGCCGAGGCCACGACUUAUCUUUGGGAUCUUGACUGGCAGACUGUCCUGGCAGCAAAGAACGGGUCUCUGACUGAGUCCGUCGUGACUGGUACGUAUGACAACUUUUUGACCAUCACGGAUGGAAAGAGUGUCAAUGCCACGUGGAGUGGUAAAUGGGGAGAAGAGGGCAGUUCCGCCGACGACGGGGAGAAGGCACUUGACGAAGCAUCCUCUGUUUCUGUUUCGUCUCCCUCAACAUCAACGAGUGCUCCAUCUACCGUGGCAUCGUCUAGUGGAACGGCAGACCUCUCCCAGACGACGCUGUCGACGGCUACCAUCUCCGCCAAGGCUCAAGGGAUUGAAACCGUGUCAACGGCUACCCUAGCAGCUUCUUCGACUGCCAAUGCGCAGCCUUCACCCACUACCAGCAACAACAAACAUCACUCUUCGAGCAAGACACACUUCCGCCUCCACCAGGCGAAGAAGGGUUGCAGAGCUUCUCCUCCCAAAGAGCGCCAAGAUUGA